AAUAAAAUAUAAAUAAUUUGUUGCGUUAAACGUUGCAUGUUUACAAACUGUUAUUAUUUGUCCAUUACAUUUGACACUUAAUGGACAAUUAUUGAGAAUUGUGUUGGUACACAUACAAUUUUGAAACAUUUUUGAAACUUUGCCAGAGUUGGUUCGAUUAUCUCAGGUGUCAAUCUCUGUUCUGAGUAUUAUUGAAGAGUGUUGCUGAAUAAUUUCAUAUUUGUAUAAGAAAGAACAAGUGUAAACAACAAUCCUAUAAAUAAAAAAAAGAACAAAAAACUACAUCAAACAUGAAAGUAAUGAUUAUAAGUCUAGUCAUUUUGACAGCUGUUUACAAAAUUAAAGCCGUUGAAUCCCAUCUUCAAUGCUGGCAUUGUGGUUCGGAUACAAUUGGAGCUGAAGACUUUUGUGGCAAUGAAUUCAUGGAAAGCAACAUACCCGACUUGCUGAAGGAUCGCAAUAUCAGUGUAUUACGCAGCUGCAAUAGCACCAUCAAUUCGGAACAUGAAAGAGCCGUCUGUCGCAAGACCAUUGAAAAAAUAAAUGGCAAAGAAGUGGUCAAGCGUUUCUGUUACUACACCAGUAAAUCCGAUGCUCUGGAUCACUGUAAAAACGAACCCACCGAAAAGAAUGUUCGUCGAGACUUUUGUGAGGAUUGUCUGACCGACAAGUGCAAUGACGCAUUUAAAUUCAAUAUUUCAUGGAGUAUUUUCCUAACUGCCACUUUGCUAACAUUACUUUUAGCAUACAAAACUCAAAGAGUUUAAAUUAAGAGAAAAAAAAAGAAACUAAUAACUAAAACUUAAAAAUUUCCAGAAAAGACAAUUCCAUGUUCAAGAAUAAAAACCAAUUAUUGUAUAAGUGAACAGAGAAAGCAA